AUGGGGAGGCAACCCUACAUGAACUUGCUUGCCCUGGGGCGAUCCCCUUAUGAGGCACCAGAAACUCCUCCUCAGGGUUAUGUUGCUGGAGAACGACGCACUGAAGACAGUGUCAAUGCCGAUGGCUACGUUCAGGAGUAUGAUGUCCGCGGCCAUCCUGUCAAUCUUAGUUCAAAAGCGCUAGCUAGGCAACUUCGGAGGGCGAAAAAUGACAUUUUGUCUACCAUGGGAAUUGUUGUUAGUGGCGAGGACGGCACCUUGGGAAUAUCAAAAGAACGGCAACGGAUGAAUCUUCUGUCAACGGAAAAUGACUAUGGCCUUGCUCUGGCGACACUAGACCAGGUUGCGAUGUUCUUUUCAUCGUGGUGGACAACAUCGCUCGCCGCCCGUAUUCAGACAUUUAAACGGUAUACCCAUGUCCCAUUUCUACAAAUCAUACGCACAGAACGGAGUGAAGUCGGACUUUUUGGGUUCUACGGCGCUGGUAUCCCAGCUUGGACAGUUUCGUUCAUAGUCUCAGUUUGCCGAAAUCACUUUCUAGAACCUGCUUUCGACUACAUUCACGUCAAGGUUUCCGUACUGUUUGACAAUAAGGCCUAUAAAUUCGCCAUCCACCAUAUAUUUAAUGGUCUCCAAUUAAGCUGCAAAUUGGCCCUUUUUGUCGUCCUUGGACAAACUUAUAUGUUUUCGUUACUUCAAUCACUUCACAUACUACCGCCGCUUGCGGUUCCAACACUUCGCUCACUCCUUCCAUUUGGCCCUACCUCAUUAAUCCAAUUUCCACCGCUCCCAGCAAGAUUGUCACUAGCUGGUAUCGGAAAUUUUGGGGUUAAACUACUUACCGCCCCAUUUGCAGUGCUGUAUAUGUAUGUUUAUCUUCGGCCUAUAAUAGAGUCCAGAAUUUACCGUAUCAUCCGACGGAAACUCCCCAAACCAGACCAUCCAGAUAUCCUGUCUCUUCGUGUCGCAGCGGAAAGUGGCCUUAUCGAGUGGACAGCUCCAUCGUUCGGAAGGCGGUCUGAUGAGGAAUAUCGUCGUAGCGACCUUACAAUUGGUGAGGAAUUCAAAUAUGAAUUACGCAUCUUCAGAAAUUGGAUUUUGGGUAUUUUUGGUUUGCAAGUCGAUAGGCCGUCUGAUACAGGGGAUAGAGGACGAUUGACACCCCAUUCUCUCCAGAAUAGACUCGAACAACUUAGCCGUGAUUUCAAUACGAGCACGGCUCCUCUCCGAGAAGAAAUAAUCCAACACGGCGAAGUCUUAGUGAACUCAGUGCAAGCACGGGGUGGACAGCUUUUAAGCGGUCAAAUCGAAGGAGCUCGGCCAAGAUCCCCGACUCCGGAUGCCGCAGCGCAAGAGCAAUUUGGCACGAACCAGAUCUUAUCCGGUGAUGGGCAACGUAUGUCACAAUCACCCUUCCAGCUUGCAGAAGACUACUUCGACCAGGACGAUCCAUCUCAAGGUAGGCCAGGAAUGGAAGAAGCGUUCAGGAUGGACCCUUCUGCAUCACCCCAAGGGCCCAAUGACCACGGCCUUGAAGUAUCUCAUCGCCAUCACUUCCAUUCACGUUCCAAUACUUUAUUCUCCCAUCCUUCAACCCCAGAAUCGUCCCCCCUGGCCUCACCCCGUGUCAGAGCAUCACUGGUGCAUCAAAACUCCGACGUAAUAACUAUGCAACUCGAACUUCUACGGAGCAAUCACAACUCCCCGUCUCACGCCCGAACAAAUUAUGACAAUGAUUCUAUGAUCGCUGGCUCUGAGACAACAACAGGACUCACCCCGAGCGAAGUUGAUCGUAUAGUAUCCGAAAGUCUGGACGCGCUUCAAUUAGGUCGUGAUCCAGCCCGAUCUGAAAGCCUUCACCUCCCCGAUCAGCCAUGGGAUCAAACCAUGCUCCUACAACAACAAGCAGCUUUAGUAGAACUCAGCUCCACACUCAAUCCAGCAAGCUUGGAAAACCACGAGCAAGAACCAUCCGCGCGCCCUACUACCCCUACCGCCCCCCAAGAACCUCCAGGCACCCUCGAGCCACUCCUAGAAAUCCCCGAAUCACCCUCCGCCAGGACCCACCGUGCCGAACCCACCGCGGCCCUCGUAAAUGACGAAAACCGGAACACCUCACGGCCUCCCUCGGCACAGCCAGCACGCCGUUCCCGCCCCGGACGUCCCCUUUUCCCUGACCACCGUGUAACAAUCCUUUCCUCACUCCCCGUCGACUCCCUUUCCUCCCACCUUGCUUCCCUCCUAACCUCCGCGUUCUUCUACCCUCUUGAAUCCAUGUACCUACGCAACUUCGCAACGCAGUUUUUGACGACUCCGUCAUUGCUUGCGCCGCUACCCGUCGGUGCUAGUGCUAUUAGUGCAAUGACGCUAGGUUUGAGGAGUGAUGUGCGGGAUAUAUUCGGGUGGUGUGGAGGAGGAUCGAGAAGUGAUAUGCUCGCAUACUUGGCAAAGAUGGGCCUUGUAGUGGGCAUGGAGGCGUUGGUCAGUGUGGCGGUAUGGGGCAUGGGAACUGCAGUGACAGUUAUGCUUGGGACGAGGAAGUUUGGGUGGGGGAAUUUGUAGAAAUUUGGCGUAUGGACAGAUCGUUGGAUGGAUGGAUGGAUGGAUUGGGGCGUUUGAUCUAUUUUUUUUAAAUGUGACGGUAGAUACCAAAAUUUUUAUAUUUUGAGGAUUACCCAUCGCAAUCAAGGGAUAGUCAUUAUUGGGACAAUUGGCUAUUGAUAUUCAAAUUUGAGAUAUCAUACAUAAAUAU